AUGGAAUGUGAAGAUGAAAAGGUGGAAGAAGAAUAUCCCCCUAUUGUGAUUUUGGACCCAGGGUCUUGGACGAUAAAAAUUGGAGUUACCAAGGAUCACAUGCCAACAUUCCAGAUCCCUUGUUUAUAUAUAGAAAAAACAUUUUCCAACUCAAGAAAGGUGAAAUUCGGGUUGGAGGCUCUAGAAGAUUAUACACUAACUAAAUAUGGAAUAGCUAAAUCGAAAGAAGAAAAAGUAUCAAUAGAUAAGGAAGAUGGCGAAUUAGUAAAUGUUAAGAUAACUUUUGCCGACCCACGACAUCCAUUGAGCACGAAUGAUUUCACGGAUUUGUUCGAAGUGUACAACUACCUCAUAAAAAAACUAAACAUAAAGACAGCUGACUACAAUUUACUUGUCGCAAUUCCAGAAAGAGCCGAAAAAUUAUACAUUUCGAACUUACUUGAUUGGGCAUUCAAAAGUCAGAAAUUUGCGUCCAUAUCUUUUAUUUAUAACUCCUUAGCAGCCUCUUACUAUUAUGGACUAAAAACAGCUCUCGUUGUCGAUUUAGGCGAAUGCGCAAGUAGAAUAUCACCCAUUUCAGAAAAUUAUGGUAUUUUCCUUGACAGCACGAAGAUUAGCGAAAUAGGUGGCUAUGUAAUAAGUAAAUAUAUAUCCCAUUUUAUGAAAAUAAAUGAUAACUAUAUUGAUUACAUACUUGUGCAGAAUUAUAAAGAAUUAAACAGUUACAUAAGUUUAGAUAUAGACAGAAGUAUAAAAUUAAAUAGUGAUUGUAAUGGGUUAAGUAAACCAUAUAAAAUUCCAUACAAUAAUAUAUAUAUAGAUCCAAAGGCUGAAAUAUUGAGUCAUGAAAUUUAUUUUCAGCCAGAAUUUUUAGCACAUUUUCCUGGAUAUUAUUAUAAGCAAAAUAUAAUAUCAUUAAAUCAGCUAAUUUUCGAAUGUAUAUGUUCCUGUCCAAUGGAUUUAAGAAAACAAUUAAUGAACAACAUUGUUCUUAUUGGUGGCGUAUCAAACUGUAUUAAUAUGCAUGAAAGAUUACAUAAAGAAUUAAUGAAUACUUUAAAACAUAAAAAUUAUAGUGAAAAUACAAAAAUACAUAUAAAAAAUAUGAACAUGUCUGAUAUAGCCUCAUAUUUAGGCUGCAAAAAGUAUGGGAAACUCAUUUACAACAAUGAAAAAAAGUGGAUUACAAGGGAGGACUACUUUUCAACACCAAAAAAUAAGAGUAUACAAAAACUUCUAAUAUUAGCUAACAUUCUGUAG